AUGAAAAAAGGUUUAAGUUCUCGGAAAACUUUAAGAAGCGAAAGCUUGAGCAAUUCUUUAGUGCUUCAAAAGAAAACGCACAGUCGACGGUAUAAAAUUUACUCGUUCACAUUUCCCGGAAGGAAAUUUCAGUUACAUUCCUCAUCCAUUAUCGUUGUAAACCUUCCAAACAUCCCACCACCUGCCGAGCCUACAUUGAAUUGGGCCUCUGUACCUCCUGCCAACUCCUACACCCUGCCAAGCGAAGAUGCCACUUUAGCGAGUGUCAUGAUGGCACCACCAUUUCUCUUCACAUCAAAUCGAAUAUCAGAAGAGAGGAAAAACCCAUAA